CUAGGCUUGCACUGCAUCGAAGAUCACAGUAACAAACUAAAUCUACAAAGAAACUCUUCAAAAUCAAAGCAUCUUUCAGAAUGCAGAGCCUGAAUGUGCUGCUGAUCUUUACCCUUUGCGGGUCAAGCUUGUGCAACAUUAUGCAGGAGAAACAGACAGAUUUUGGACUGCAGGUGUUCUCUGAAGUAGUCCAAUCUUCUCCGGACAGAAAUCUGGUUCUUUCUCCCUAUGGCAUCUCUUCAGUGCUGGGCAUGGUUCAACUGGGUGCCUAUGGCAGCACUCUUCAAAUACUUACCUCCAAGAUGGGCUACUCACUGCAAGCACGAGGAAUGCCAAAGCUACAGAGGCUUCUUCAGAGAGAUCUGGCCAGUGAAGACGGGGUAGAAGUGGCCAGCGGUGUCAUGGUUGACCGGAAGAUAAUCCUGGAAAAGGUAUUUAGGCGCAGCCUGUCCAAAGCCUUCCAGAGCAUCCCACACCAAAUAGACUUCAGCCAACCAGAGAUGGCCCGGCAGGUGAUCAACUCCUGGGCAUCUGACCACACUGGUGGAAUGAUUUCUGACUUCCUCCCAUCUGGGGUGUUGAGUGAACUGACACGCUUGGUCCUGUUGAAUGCUCUUCAUUUCCAUGGGGUCUGGAAGACACCCUUUGACCCUAAACUUACUAGGGAACAGCUAUUUCACAGAGUCAACGGCAGUGCUAUAUCUGUUCCUAUGAUGACUAUGACUUCAAAAUUCAACUGUGGUGAGUUUGUGACUGAAGACUGA